AUGCCCGAGUCACCGCCUUUCAAAGUUAUUAUAAUCGGUGCAGGUCUUGCGGGCGCACUCCUUGCUAACGGGCUACUGAACAACAAGGUCGCUUUCACGGUCUAUGAGCGAGAUGCAGUGAACUCCAAACGAGAAGGUUAUCAGAUCCGCUUGGGGGAUUCAGCAGUAAGGGGAUUCAAUGCAUGUCUAUCUGAGCAGCUUGCAGAAGCUAUUAUUCAGAAGUUUGGACGUUCGGCUACUCUGGGACCUACCGCUCCGUGUCUGUACACCACUCAGUUCAAGCCAGUUCUCGAUUUGACGCGGUUGCCGACCUAUUCCCGAUCCUUUGCAAUCAAUCGUGUUGUAUUACGUGAUUUGCUUAUUGAACCCCUGAUGCAGGUUGGGAAGGUUAAGUACGGAAAGUCAUUCUCCAGUCACGAGAUCAUCGGAGACCCAUCAACCGGGAGCGAGAAGGUCAAAGUCUCGUUCACCGACGGCACUUCUGAUGAUUGCGAUAUUCUGAUCGGGGCCGACGGAAGUAGCUCGCGAGUCAACGCUGCAUUGGGGGUGAACAAUUUGGUCCAGCUUGAUACCCACUGGUCCUUUCUAUCCAAGGGUAGCGUCCCCAAGGAUCGGCUGGAUAAGCUCCCUGUUCAGCUGCAAAAAGGGCCCAUCCUGGUUUUUGCGAAUGGAGUUUCCUUCUUCUACGCCCUAUACUUGCCAAAUAAGCAUGAGAGCAAAUUUGAUGCUGGGUCAUUAACAUACGACGAUGUUGAAGCUUCAUUUUAUUGGGGCUUAAACGUCCCUAAGUCUUGUGUUCCGAAAUACACAGACUCUGCAGAAAUCCCCGAUCGUCUCCAGUUUUGCCAGGAUAUCAUCCAGGACUGGGCGCCCGAACUGAAAGGCUUAAUCGCUAUCGGCCAAGAAGACGAUGACUCAUCCGGUAUCACUAUAAUUCCCCUACGUGCGAGCUUCCAGCCAGCCAAACAUUGGAGGAAAGCUGUCCAGACUGGGCCAGGAGAGAUGGGGCACGGUAAAGGUCAUCCGCGAGUGUGGCUUCUCGGUGACGCUAUUCACGCCAUGCAACCAAACCGGGGUCAGGGUGGUAACCAAGCAAUGCAUGAUUGCGCCGAGCUCUUGCCGUAUCUCCUCCAGUUGAAUGGAAUCGCUGCAAGUGGCAAGGCUCCUACAAUAGAAGACAUAUCAACGCGCUGUGCCAGGUAUGAAUCUGAAAUGAUGCAGCGGACUUUUCGUUGGGUGCGCAAGAGCGGAGGAACUUCAGUACCAACUAUUGACUUUGACGGAAUUUUGGGGAGACUGGUCACCAUCAUUGACAGGUUGUUUCUUCCCGUCAUUUCCCUUCUUCUGCGGCCGUUUUUCGGGAGUGGAAAUGAGAAGCUUAACUGGUAGCUGGCUUUGUUUUCAUUUAAUACCAUGUUGUACUUUCGCCUUCAUUGCAAAUGACAACGCUCUGAAUAUUAAGAACGGAACUGAGGAUGUCGUG